AUGGCCGAUUAUCACUCUGAUGUCUCGCGAGGGCUUGCACACCUUGAAUCGCGCAGCCAAGUCUAUGCCCAGGUCUCUGCUCUGGAGGGCGGAUGGUUUACUCUGCCACUCAGAUUCUUCAUAGCCGGUGUUUCCGAAAACGAGAAAAGUUACGUCCCGUCGUUGGCCUUUCUCAUUACCCGUGGUAAUGAGAGCGCUGGUCCAAAGCAUACUUUAUUCGACUUGGGUCUGCGCCAAAACACGACCACACUUGAACAACCAAUACAAAAUCAUCUACUGAGCCGUCAACCUACCGAGCUAUCCCCAGAUGUGCGAGAGAGUCUGGCGAAGGCGGGGACCAGCACCGACGUUAUCGAACAGGUCAUUUUGAGCCAUCUUCAUUGGGAUCAUAUUGGCACACCGCUGGAUUUCAGAAAGGCUCAAUUUCGAGUUGGUGCAGGGUCUUUACCAUUGCUGGAGACAGGUCUGAAUUCACACAUGUCACAUUCUCAUUUUCAGAGCGACCUGUUCGACGGUUUGAACGUACAAGAGUUCCCGGCACCAAUGGCUUCCCAAGACAAUCGCACACACAGCACUACAGGUUCGUGGGACACGGUUGGAGAAAUGCCUCUGCUAGAUCUUUACGGAGAUGGUUCCGUGUAUGUAGUUGACCUGCCCGGUCAUUUGAGCGGCCACGUCGGAGCUCUCGUUCAUACCGGACCUAGAAGUUGGGUACUUCUGGCUGGCGAUGCUUGCCACGACUCCAGGCUUCUUUCCGGAGAAAAGGAUAUCGCCGAGUGGGAGGAUGCAUACGGUCGGGUCUGUUGCAUACAUGCUGAUCGAUCGCAGACGGAGAAAACAUUGGAUACACUGCGGCGAUGGCUACGCGAGGCAAAAGAUGGUGGCUACGACUUCAGGAUAUUGCUUGCGCAUGAUGCUUUAUGGGCCAAAUCGAACCCAGAAACCUUCUACCCAGGGCACAUCAAUUGA